UAUUAAGUUUUUUUCUGUAAUCGCUAUUCGCAACGCAAGGUCUGACUCUGGGUUCAAAAUAUGUACAAAAAUACCUAGUAAUUUUAGUAUGUAUUUUUAUUUUUGUGUUAAAUUGGUAUGAUGAUAAUAAAAAUUAAAUUAUUGUUAUUCCUGGUCAGACAACGUUUAAUAUUAGCGUAUUGAAAUACAUGUUAAAUACCUAUACAUAACGUCAGCUCAGAAAAAUCGAAUAGUUGAAGUCUGAAGAACACGAAGAACACGAGGAAAUAUUAUUAUGACGCUACGUAUGCAAGUUGAAAAGAAAAAGGCUCAGGAGGAAAUGCGACGCUUGAUGUUGGAGCGAAAAAAUAAAGACAAAAAACCCAAACAAACUAUUAACAACCCAUUAGCAAAAUAUAACAAUAUUGGUCAACUUAUGUGCGUUCUCUGUUCGUCGAUAGUACGCUCUGAAAGUGUUUGGCAAGUGCACAUAAACAGCAAACAGCACAGAAAUAAUGUCGAGCAAGCGAAGCAAUUGAAAGAAUUAACAAAAAAUUUCACAGAUGAUAAAGUAAAGAAAAGAUUAGCUACUACAGCAUUAGAUACUCAACAAGUAAAGAGACCUAAAGGAAUAUUGAAAAAUUCAACUGAUAAAUCACCUACAGUUACACAGAAACCUAAUAAUAAUAAUGUACCGAUCAUUUUUUCACAUCAUGACGAAGAAGUCAUUAGGAAAAAUAUUAGUCCUGCAGCUCUAGAAGGUGGAAUAUUAGAAGAUAAAGCUGUUGAUAGCAAAUUACUGGAUGCAAAAGAAGAUCCAUCACUUACUCAACCAAUUCCAGAAGGAUUCUUUGAUGAUCCCAUCUUGGAUGCUAAGGCGCGUAAUAUUGAAUAUAAAGAUCCAGUUGAAGAGGAAUGGGAAAAAUUUCAAAAAGAAAUAAAAGAAGAAACAACCACUUCUGCAGAAAUUAUUGCUGGUGAACAAGAAGAAGCUACCGCAGAAAGACAGAUUGAUGAAAUAGAUGAACAGAUACGAAACUGGUCAAGAGUUCUCGACUUGGAAUUGAAAAAAGAAGAAACAAAGAAGAAAAUACAAGAUAUAGAAAUGAAUAAUGAAGAUGACGACAAAGAUUCAGAAAAUGAAGCCGACAUUGAUGAGUUCUUAGACUGGCGAGCUAAGAAAUCUUACUCUUAAUAACAAAUCAAGCUAACAUGUGAAGUAUUGAAGUUAUGUUUUGAAAAAUUUGAAAUUGGAGAUGUUGUUAAAAUCUAUACAAGCCAUAUCAUGUAUUUACUUCGCCACGAAGAAGAUUGCGUUCGUAGAUUGGCUAUUGAUGAGGUUUGUAAAGUUGUAACAUCAGACCCAGCUCUAUUGCCCAUCCCACAGUACAUAGAUUUAUAUGUAGCUGUUGGCCAAAUGGUUACUGACAAAGAUGUAGGAGUAGCUAAUAAAGCUGUACUGAUUACCUCCAAUUUACCAGCCGAGGCCUAUCCCAAAGUGCUGGAAGAAAUGAAAAUUGCCUUGGAAGGAAAUAGUAGUAGCAAGUGCAACGCUUAUGAGGUGGUUAUCAAUAUUUCCUUGAAGUCAUAUGAACUAUUUGAAUUGUGUGUAAAAGAAGGAUACUUAGACUUUAUGGUGAAUGAAUUACAGACUGAUGAUAUUCUUUAUCAGUUGAAUAUUCUAGAUUUAAUAUCACAAUUAGCAACACAACCUCAUGGUAUCAACUUUCUUGUCAAACAAGGAACUUUGCAGAAGAUUUCAGAAUUAGUUAAAGAUCUAAAGAAUAAUCCUUUUGGAGGCCUUUUAACGCCAGGUUAUCUGAAGUUUUUUGGUUGCAUUGCUCACAAUUAUCCAAAUGAGGUGUUCCAAAAAUAUCCUGCAUUGUUGGAUUUACUGUUUGAUGGCUUGGAAUCUGAUGAUAUGACUAUUUUACCAGUUGCUCUAGACACACUCGGGUUUAUAGGAACAACAUGGGAAGGAAAACUAUGCUUGGUAGCCAUAGGGAGUAAAUAUACACAAAAUGUCGAAAAGCUCAGUGCUAUAAUCAGAAACAGUCGGACAGAAAUUAAAGUUCGCGCAUUACAUUGCAUGUCCAAUCUGAUCAGCAUAGAUAAGGAUCCAAAGUCAAAGACAGAUCCAGUUGACCAAAGAAUAACCUUGAUGACUCGCGAAUGGUUCAGAAGCUUAAGCAAAGAGCCUGGUCCAAUGGAAAUGCUGUUUGACAUUUGUAAAAAUCCAUUUCCCGACAUACAAUUAGCUGGUUACACAUUGCUGGAUGCAGUUUGCCAACACCAUUGGGGUGAAGAAAUGUUGGCGAGAGUGGCAGGAUUUUUAGAGUACCUUUUGGAUCGUUCUGCAGAUUUUAGAAAGCAGUCAAAAGAAGCUAAAUAUGACAUAAUAAAACGUUUAUCACAAUCAACAGCUUUUGAUGAUAAUAUUAUUAUGAGGCUUCAAACCUAUGUUAAACAAGGGCCCUUCUACUCUGAGACGAACAUGCAUGUAGCGAUGGAGGAAGAAUGAAAAAUACUUAUUUCUAAAAAAUUGUUUGUAAUCAUAAAAAGUUUAUAGGUUCAGAGGAUCACGCGACUCGCACCUCCACAUAUUCAUGCCUAUAAAGAUUCUGAUUUGUGUUUGAUAAAUGAACCAUGUCAAAUGAGAUAGGUAAAUCAAUAGAAAUAAAAUAAAUAGUGCCAUGGAUUCUUUCGUUAUCUUUGCUACUUGACAAACGUUCAAACGGUCCUUCGAAUUCUCCGCGAUCAGUUCCACGAUCAGCUGUUUGCAGGGUAGUUUUACAAUAGUUUCAAACUUUUCACAACUCUCCAAAUCUGAUUAUGGCCGAUCGCAGAUGGUCAUAUUGGAAAUGAACAAAAAAAAUUUUUUUUUGGUAAAUCUACUUAGCAGUCCUAACCUCAGCUUGCUUGGGAUGUCAUGGACCUUAUCUCACACCUUGUAUACUAAUAUCUUUAUUUCUUCGUGUAAGGACCGGCUCUCGAGUACCGCGUGACGUCGUCGCGUGAAUCUCUGAACCAAGCAAUUUAUGACGUCAAUAAAGUUUUGUAACAUAUUUUCGA